GUGGAAUAGGAUAAUGUUUGGGUGGAAAGCGCUAAGCUCUUUUUGAUUUAAAUUUCAUGUGUAAUCAUACAAAACACAUAGAACUGGGGGCUAGGGACAAUAAAACCUGUAACCUUCUUAAUCUGACAAUGCCCUUAAUAUCUCUAACUACUAGCCAUUGGCAAUAAUAGACAGACAGCAUAUUUGUACAUUUAAAAUGCUACCUAUAAUACUUGCACUGCACUUAUAUACUUUUCUACAAUAGGCUAUAUAUCUAAUUUAUUUUACAAAUGUGUAGUGUUUAACUUUUUUAUAGCAUUUUUUUUUUUUUUUUCUGAUUUGUUUUCACUUUAAUGUGUGUGGGCAAAAAAACAAAUCAUGAAGAGAUAAAUAAAGGUUUGAUGUCAAACAACUAGUUUUAAAUAUACAAUGUUUUAAAUAUUAUACAUUUAUAGCCAACAAAUUAUUUAGGCCUAUGUUAUUUUGUUAUGUAUCCUUGUUUUGUGAAUUUUGUUUUUGAUAGUUUUUUGUUGAGCUGACAAGCCUAGAAUAGUCUCAUGCUACAUUGUGACAAGCCUCGCCCCUGUUUACACAAAAUCUCGUGUUUAAUGAACUUUUUUUAAGCUUUAUUUUAUGUUUUACUAGCUUUUGUAGCCACGACUAAACGCUAUAAAACAAACAUACCCUGAAAAAUAUUCACUUUAGUAAAAGUCUGACAAUUAGACCUGGUCUCGUCUGUUUAUAAAACAAUGAAGGUUUUUCUUCACUUGUUCGCUUACAUGAUGCGUCGUAUCCAAGGCUCCCCGCACUCCGUUCCAGUGAAGGGGCCGGACUCCGCUCCGGGUUUUGCUCCCUCACUGCUCUAUACAUCGCGUCUCCUCACUCCUGCAUUGCUGUAGCAGCAGAUGUUCGCGUGCUGAAGCCAAUAUCCACCGUUCUCUUUACCGGAGCAAGUAUUCUGCAGCGGAGAGUGAGAAGACGAAUAAGAGUGAGGACGUUUGCUCUCUCUCUCUCUUCACACGUCUGGAGUGUGUAUGUGGGUGAGUGAGCUGAAGAAAUUAGAGUGGCGUCUUUAUUUACCACACCUGUGAUGCGCUGCUGUCUCUGAGCAACGAAGACGCACUGAUGGCCAAGGUACAGGAAGAGGAUACGUGUUGAAAAAGGACUUAUAAAUGCGCUGAUCGGUGUAAUAUUACAAAAAACUAAACCCAGCCAUAAAGCAGAUACUCCUCGCAGCUCAUUGAGUUGAUAUUACUGACUUAAACUUGAACGAGAAGGUGAUAAAGAUGCCGUUACACCUGGGUCCCUUUGUCCGCUGGAGAUCCGGGCUUGUACUCACAUGGAUCUGCUUGUUUUCGUCCGGAUUUACCUUCAUUGGUGGAGAGCAUUCGGCCACUGUAACGCAUCCACUUCCUGCGGCCUUCUCUGACCUGCUGCCACACUUCCUGGUGGAGCCUGAUGAUGUUUAUAUCGUUAAGAACAAGCCUGUGACCCUCACCUGCCGCUCGACCCCUGCCACUCAGAUCUACUUCAAGUGCAACGGCGAAUGGGUUCACCAGGAUCAGCACUUGAUCGAGCAUGAUGUGGAUCCUGCCACAGGGCUGCCGGUGAUGCAGGUGAAGAUUGACAUCUCCAGACAGCAGGUGGAGAAGAUCUUUGGUCUGGAGGAUUACUGGUGUCAGUGUGUGGCCUGGAGCACUACAGGAACCCAGAAGAGCCAAAAGGCAUAUGUGCGCAUCGCCUAUCUGAGGAAGAACUUUGAGGAGGAACCGCUGGGUAAGGAAGUGGCACUUGAUCAGGAAAUCCUUCUUCGCUGUCAUCCUCCUGAAGGUGUGCCUCCUGCAGAGGUGGAGUGGCAGAGAAACGAGGAGCUGAUCGACCCCAAGACUGACCCCAAUUUCUUCAUCACCGUGGACCAUAAUCUCAUCAUCAAACAAGCCCGCCUGGCCGACACAGGGAACUACACCUGCGUGGCCAAGAACAUUGUGGCUCGACGCAAGAGCUCCUCGGCUACUGUGAUUGUCUAUGUGAACGGUGGCUGGUCCACGUGGGCCACAUGGUCGGCCUGCAGUGCUGUCUGUGGUCGGGGGUGGCAGAAGAGGAGCCGGAGUUGCACCAACCCCACUCCCCUGAACGGCGGGACGUCCUGCGAGGGCCAGAGCGUCCAGAAAAGUGCCUGCACUGCCACCUGUCCAGUGGAUGGCGGUUGGAGCGAAUGGAGUAAGUGGUCGCCCUGCGGAGCCGACUGCACCAUGUGGAGGAGUAGAGAAUGUACCCAACCUACGCCUGGCACUGGAGGGAAGGACUGCCAGGGCCUGGAUCUUCAGUCCCUCAACUGUACCAGCGAGCAGUGCCCUCAGACGGCGUCAGGUGCUGAGGAUGUGGCUCUGUAUGUGGGAAUCGUGGUGGUGGCUCUCUGUCUGACUUUGCUGCUGAUCAUACUGGUGCUGGUUUACCGCAGGAAGAAGGAAGGUCUUGAUGCAGAUGUGGCCGACUCCUCCAUCCUCACCACUGGCUUCCAGCCCAUGGGCAUCAAGCCCACCAAGCCAGGUGUGUGGGCACCGCGCAGGGCAGCCCGCAGCAAAAACUCUCAUUUGCUCACCAUCCAGCCUGAUUUGACCACCACCACCACUAGCUACCAGGGAACUCUACGUUCUCGACAUGAAGUCGCCGGGAAGUUCUCCAUGAGCAACGGCCCCCUCCUGGAGCCCCUUCCCAAUGGCUCCCACACGCUGCACAACGGCAAACUGCCCAGCGACCCCAACGACUUCAUGAACCGCCUUUCUUCUCAGACAUAUUUCAAAACGCUACCGAGAGACAACGUCAACACCUCCUACGGCACUUUCAAUUUCCUGGGUGGCCGCCUAACCCUCCCCAACACUGGAAUCAGCCUGCUCAUCCCGCCAGAGGCCAUUCCCAGAGGGAAGAUUUAUGAGAUUUAUCUCACCAUUCAGAAGAAGGAAGACAUGAGAUUGCCCCUGGCUGGGUGUCAGACAUUGCUGAGCCCCGUGGUGAGCUGCGGACCACCCGGUGUGGUGCUCACCCGGCCAGUCAUCCUCAGCAUGGACCAUUGCUCUGAUGCGUGCCUGGAGAACUGGGCCAUCCGUCUCAAGAAGCAGUCAUAUGAGGGAACAUGGGAGGAUGUACUUCAGCUGGGUGAGGAAGUGGUGUCGGAGCCGUACUACUGCCAGCUGGAGGCGGAGACGUGCCGGGUGUUUACUGAGCAGCUGGGCCGUUUUGCUCUGGUCGGGGAGUCCCUCAGCAUGGCUGCCGCUAAACGGCUAAAACUGCUGCUGUUUGGUCCCGCCUACUGCUCCACGCUGGAGUACAACAUCCGCAUCUACUGCAUGGACGACACACAGGACCUACUAAAGGAGGUGAUGCAGAUGGAAAGACAGCUGGGAGGUCGACUGAUUGACGAGCCUCACGUCCUGCUCUUCAAAGACAGCUACCACAACCUCCGCCUCUCAAUUCACGACAUGCCACAGGCGCACUGGAGGAGCAAACUACUCGCCGGCUAUCAGGAGAUCCCAUUCUACCACAUCUGGAGCGGCUCUCAGCGGACCCUGCACUGCACCUUCACACUGGAGAGACAGAGCCUGAGCACCUGUGAUCUCACCUGCACACUGUGUGUGUGGCAGGUAGAAGGAGAGGGACAGAGCUUCACCCUGGACUUCAACAUCUCAAAGGACAUCAGACCAUUGGACUCUGAUUUCCUGUUGAUGGACAACUGUACCCCUGCCCUUGCUGGUCCGAGCGCAUUCCAAAUCCCUUACCUCAUCCGACAGAAGAUCUGCAGCAGUCUGGACACCCCCUGUCCCAACGGAGCAGACUGGAGACUACUGGCCCAGAGACUGAAGCUUGACAGGCACAUGAGUUUCUUCGCGUCCAAAGCGAGCCCCACAUCAGUGAUUCUGGACUUAUGGGAGGCCCAGCACUUCCACAGCGGAAAUCUCAAUCAGCUCGCCGCUGUGAUGGCUGAGAUUGGCAAGCAGGAGGCCAUGAUAUUCCUGGUGUCAGACGGGGAGUGCUGACACAUUAAAACUGGAGCAGAGCGGCCGUCUCUGAGUGAUGGGGUGGGGGGAAGGACGCGACCCUCUGCCCGCCCCACCAGAGAUGAGAAACAAAUCAAAGAACAGGGUUUACCCAACUAUAUGAGGCCACUUCCCCAGUGAAUAGGGAAUAAAAGAAAAGAAAAAAAAAAAAACAAGACCAGGCUCAGGAGGAACCUGGCAGGGCUUUUAGAUGUACUGUGACUGAGACAAAUGCCCCUUUCUCAGAACAAAAAUCCAUUUGUUUUGAAAAUAAUGGUGUAUAGAAACUCCCAGAUUCUAUGAUUCUGGUCCUGCCCUCAGUCACUGACCAAUAUGUACUUUCUAACCACAUUUGUGUUAGGCACAUUGAUAUAUUAAUAUCAGACUGGAAACUAAAACGAAUCGUUUUAAAAGAUAUCAAGUGGAAAAUAUAGGUAAGGUGAAUAUUUUGCGAACUAAUUCAGAUUUGUGACAUGCAUUUUGUAAAUGUGCACCAUUUAGCAAUAUGCAAGCACACAUAUCGAUGACAAUUUCCUUUGGCCGACACGUUUCUUACCUCGCGAAGCAUUUAAAAUUUUAGAGCGUUUGCUAAAUUUCAGGUCAAAAACAUUAAUGAAGCGAAACGUUUUUGGUGAGAGCCAUCACUUGUUCCUCUGCCCCUGUGCACUUAACAUGUCUGUUCGACUUCAUGAAGCCAUAAAGUCCAAAAUUCACCUCAAUGCAACGAUAUAUAUGUUCUGAUCCGGGUGGAUAAUCAGUAAAUAAGCACAGGAUUCUGUGGAUGUUUAGCUGCUGAAGAAAAGACAUCUGGGAUGGGGGAUCAGGGACCUCAAACGUUCAUAACUGUCUUGAAAAACAUCACAUUUGUUUUGUUUUCAACAGACUUUUGAGAUCAGAUGUUCUGAAAACCCCUUAAAGUCUAGAAUGAUGGGAUCUUUUGGAUUUAUAUUCUUCGUUUAUAAAGGAGGAAGAACAAAAGUUCCCUGUUGGAAAGGUUUUCUUCUUUUAUAAACAGAAAAUGCAAUACUACCAAAUGCUAUUCUCCUUCAUAUUUAAUGAGUCUAUGUUUCUCUGAAAGCCAUUUUGGCUGCAGGGCAAAUUCUUAUUCGUAGGAGAAAGAAUAUUUUCAUCAACCCCUAAAAAGCAAAUGUUCCAUCCAAGAAAACUUCAUCGACACUCAGCAGCUGUCGUGUUUUUCGAAAUUCCUCCAUCACACGCGUGGUUUCUUUGUCACGGCCUGUAGAAUGGCAACACGUCUCAGCCCCGCGUUUGGCGCCAUGAAUGUGCAUUACACAGUUUGAAGAUUGUCAGUUUUUUUUUUCUUUUUUUUUUUCCUUCUCUCUCUCUCUCUCUGUUUGAAUGUGAGAGUAUUUCAUUCCAAAUGAAGGAGGAUUUGUGAGAAACUGUGGAUCACAAAUUGGCCGUGUUCAUCUUGACCAGUAAUUACAGCCACGUCUGAAGAUAUGAUUGAAGGAGCCCGGCACAUUCUCUCCACAGCAAGUGGAAAUACACAGGCCUGUUUCACUCAGCUAACAGAGAACUCAAGUUAAAUGCCAUAUUGUGCACAUACUGUGUUUUUUGUUGUUGUUUUUUCACGUUUUUUGUGUGGUAUAUUUCCUUAAAGGGUUAGUUCACCCAAAAAUGAAAAUUCUGUCAUUAAUUACUCACCCUCAUGUCGUUCCUCACCCGUAAGACCUUUGUUCAUCUUCAGAACACAAAUUAAGAUAUUUUUGAUAAAGUCCAAUGGCUCAGUGAGGCCUCCAUUGCCAGCAAGAUAAUUAACACUUUCAGAUGCCCAGAAAGCUACUAAAGACAUAUUUAAAACAGUUCAUGUGACUACAGUGGUUCAACCUUAAUGUUAUGAAGUGACGAGAAUACUUUUUGUGCGCCAAAAAACAAAACAAAAUAAAGACUUUAUUCAACAAUAUCUAGUAAUGGGCGAGUUCAAAACACUGCUUCAUUAAGCUUCGAAGCUUUACGAAUCUUUGUUUCAAAUCAGUGGUUCAGAGCACAAAAGUCAUGUGAUUUCAGUAAACGAGGCUUCGUUACAUUAUAAGUGUUUCGAAAUUUCAACGGUUCACCACUGGGGGGCGUGACUUUGGCAGUUUGAUACACGCUCCGACCUAGAGGUCUGCGGGACUGUUUUUUUCUUCCCUCUCCUGCAAGGUUCUAUAUCGCACCCACCUGCUCUCCUUCAAAAUUCACUCUGUGUUCACCCGCUAUCCGCUUAUAAUGAUUUUCUUCCCGACCUGACGGGUCCCGCUAAAUUUAGAUCAUUCCAGAAUCUCACAUUUAAACUUCCCCUAAAGAAAAAGAGUGUGAUUUGAGGAUAACAAAUAUAAAAUGUUGGAUAACAAAUAUAAAAUGUUGGUGAAACUGUGUGAACACCACCACUGCAGAAAGUUUUGUUCACUUCAAUUCAAGCGCGGAUGCGCUGUUGUCAAAGGAUCUCGGGAGCAGCCAGGCUAUUGUCAGACCGCCCGCUCCCGCCUAAAAUACAACAGUUACCGACGUUACCGCCUUUCAUUCAAAAUUUAAUCCCGCACCGCAAGAAAACGGAUUGGGUCCCACGGGAAUCAGGAGAGCUGCGGGAAUGCAGACCUCUACUCUGAACCACUGAUUCGAAACAAAAGAUUCGUAAAGCUUCGAAGCUUCAUGAAGCAGUGUUUUGAAAUCGCCCAUCACUGGAUAUUGUUGAAUAAAGUCACUAUUUUGUUUUUUUGGUGCACAAAAAGUAUUCUCGUCGCUUUAUAAUAUUAAGGUUGAACCAUUGUAGUCACAUGAACUUUUUUAAAUACAUCUUUAGUAGCUUUCUGGGCAUCUGAAAGUGUUAAAUAACUUGCUGGCGAUGCAGGCCUCACUGAGCCAUCAGAUUUUUUUCAAAAAUAUCUUAAUUUGUGUUCCAAAGAUGAACGAAGGUCUUACGGGUGUGGAACGACAUGAGGGUGAGUAAUUAAUGACAUAAUUUUCAUUUUUGGAUGAACUAACCCUUCAAGGUUUCCAUUGGAGGUUUUCGUUAACCAGUCAGCUAGUUCUCUUUAAUUUUUAAUCUAUGAAAGUCAUUGUCUUGUAGAUAAGUACUUUUCAUAUGACACAUCUCUGCGCAACCAAAGUGUAUGAGCCAUCUGGAGCAUUUCUUUCAUAUCUAAGCCGAUUGUGAUUUUUUUUUAUUUUUUCUAGUACAAGUAACAUUUCUAUAUUCAACACGCAUCUAUUUUUCUUUCAAGAUCUCAUGACUUGUGCUAACUUUUCAUUUUGAGCAUUUCACUGGUAAAACAAUUUAAAUAUUUAAUACAGCACUUUGUAAAGUAAUUGUAAAUGAUAUUUUAAUAACAAGCCAAAAAAGACAACUGACGUAACAUUUGUCGAAGUAUAACCUGUGAAGUGUUUGCCUACUGUUCAUUGGUUAUAUAGCACUGAGUUAAUUCUUUCUGCAGUGUUUGAGGUUUAGACUGUUUUCGCCAUAAGUUUGUACACCGUCGUUUUGUUUCGUCCUGAGGCUGUUGGUUUAUGGGUAAUCAGUUCUUAGAUUCCUACGAAAUCUCAACUCUACGUCAUGAGUAAACAGAUGCACCAGUAAAUUAUACUUCUGCAAGGAUUUGGUGCAAAAACGAUCAGAUUCCUAACACUCAGGUUUACAAACAGUUCAGUUGAAACGGACAUAUUGCGCAUUUCUAAACAUAAAUUUCUCAUCAAUGUUCUCACUGACAUAAAAAUCUUUCCAACAGUCUGUCGUUCUAAAAGGCAAAGCAGAAGUCAGCUUCUACCACUGAAUAAAGCAGAUGCCAUGAUAUUCACUAAAAGAACCACCGGUCUCUUUUCAUGACUGUACAUUUUGUCUGCCUCAUUCAUGGCUUUUUCUGUGUAAAUGAAUGUGUGAGUGUGCUAUUUCUUUCCACUGAGUUUCUUUUUGAAAUGAAAACCGUAGAAUUGUGUACCUGUGAAUGUUCAAUUCGAUUUCUUAAUUCAAUGUUCCUUGCCUUUCUGCAAGUCAGAAUGCUGUAUUUAUUACAUGCCACAGCGCUUAUGCAAUUGUAAAAUUCUUUUCUAUUAUUAUUUUUUUUUCUUUUUGGUAAAGUUACUUUUCAUUUUUCUUGUCGAUGUAAAUUGUCGUCGAUGAUUUUGUGGUAAUAGGAAGCCCUCUUCUGCAGAAGGUUUUCUGUACUUUUUGGACAAUAUGGAUUUGUGGGUAGAAUUUUGGAAAUUCGUUUCUAAGUGCUUUCAAGUAUUUACUUGGCCUUAUGUAUAUAUCUCUCUAUGAAAUUUCAGAAAAGGUAUGUAUAGUAAUUGAACCUAAAAUGGAUGUAAAUAAAUUAUAUAUUGUUAAAA